AUGUUCGGAUUAGGAGGUUCCACGCCCCAAGUGUCGUCGCAACAGAAGCUUUCGGCUGCCGAAGCGGAGCUUGACAUGGUCACUGGUAUGUUCAACUCUUUGGUGAGACAAUGCCAUGCCAAGUGUAUCAACAAGUCUUACAACAAUGGUGAAUUGGACAAGCAAGAAUCGCUUUGUUUGGACAGAUGUGUAUCGAAGUAUUUCGAAACCAACGUUCAGGUUGGUGAAAACAUGCAACAAUUGGGACAAUCUGGUGCAUUCAUGGGCAGACAAUAA